CUGCUGUCAAAUCUUAAGGAUUUCAGAAGGUUGGAAAGCCACAGAGCAAGCCUACAGGUCUAUAGCCUAUGCCUAUAUUCUAUACAGAAUGUGCAAUCUACCAUUUUCCCCUUAGAAGCAAAGUUAGACUUUUGGCCGUGAUUGCUGCUGCUUUGAUGGUGAUGGAGGUGUGAAGCGGCGAAAAAGCUACCGAGCAAAAAUGGGUGAGAUAAGUAAAGAUGAUGUUGAGAAAUAUCUGGAGAACAACCCACAGUUUGCCAAGGAGUAUUACGACAAAAAACUGCGUGCGGAAGUAGUGGGAAGCGUCUUCAAAGUCAACCCUGGGGAUGUAAAGGAUGGAAUCUCCUUCAAGGAAAUGACAAAGCUGGAGGAAUGUCAGGUGCUUUUUGAGCUGAUGAUGGAAAUCCAGGAAGAAGCCAGCUCUGUGGAAAAGAUAGUGCACAAAAUCCUGCAAAGGUUGGCACAGUUGCUGGCAGCUGACCGGUGUAGUAUGUUUAUUCAACGUUCCCGCAAUGGUAUUCCAGAAGUGGCUAGCAGGCUCAUGGAUGUCACUCCUACUUCCAAAUUUGAGAGCAAUCUGGUGCCUCCUGAGAAAGAAGUCGUUUUUCCUCUGGACAUUGGGAUAGUUGGGUGGGUUGCUCAUACCAAGAAGGUAUUUAACAUACCAGAUGUAAAAAAGGUAAGUGAGAAAGCUUUUCUGGGUUUGGUGUAGGGUAACCUCUCCCCGCUCCCCUUUAAGUGAAAGGCUAGUCAACAUUGUGCCCUCCAGACACUGUUAGACUACAACUCCUAUCUUCCCUGACACUCUGGCUGAGGUUGUGGUCAAAAACAUAUAGAUGAUACCACAUUGGCCACCCCAGUUUAUAGUUUACGGGGCAAAUGGAAUGAAGGAAUUACAGGACCGUUCCUUCAAGAGCCAAACCCAUAUCUAGACAUAUUGUUGGAAAUGCGGAGGGGGGAAGCUUUCAGUCAAUUAACAAAUUUCCCGAUCCUGUAUUUACCCUGUGUGUUAAGAAAGUACGGUAAAUGCAAACUUGGGAGUUGAACAUCCAAACAGUGGCAUUCACAUAGAUAGCGAGGGAGAGAUUCAGAGCUGCUUUCAGCCACAUGUGUGAAAAGUAUAGAGAGUUUUCAGUCUCUCAGGAAUAACCACCUUAAAAUACCUUAAAAGGGAGAAACGCAGGGCUGUCUGCCUGAUCCUCUGCAGAGUUAGACUUAGGUGUGCCUAAGUCUGUUUUGGAUUGGUUUGUUUAGUGGGUCACAAGUUGUGUAAGCUUACAGUAGCCACCUCCACUCAACUGCUUUAAUCUGGAGCAGUCCCAAAGACUUCAGUAGAGACUGAAAUAAAUGGGAUGCAGACCUGCCAGAGGCGGGGCUAGCACGAGGCUCUGCAUCCAGUUUCAGGUAUUGGGCGCCACUGAGAGCAGUACUGUUGCAUGCCCCUCAAGUGUCCCAAUUUUCCAGGGACAGUCCUGGAAUUACAGAAGCCAUCCCACAGAAGAAUAGGAUGUCCCUAUUUUCAUUGGAAAAAUGUUGGUGGGUAUGCAGUUGGAAACAGGCUGAUUGCAACUCCAAGGAACCAUUCACUGCUGUGCCCUUAUGCAGCUGCCAUUUGUUUCAAUGGACCUUGCACAAGAGAACUGUCUUGAUGCUUUGUAACCUGGAUUAAAUAAUAUAUCUGGACGUACCAGAUAGGCCUGUGUUUGAUUAUAGAAUCAGACUGCUUUGGCUACAGGCUCAUUAUGACCUGUUUUGAAACUACUUUCCACCGCCCAAAAUAUACCCAGAUUUGAGGUGUGAAAUUUGAAAUCAUGCCAUAUAGCACCUGUCUCGGUAUUUUAGUUCUGAUUACUGGGACCAUUUUCUAUGGCAAGCAAUAUUGUACUUACUGCCUGUUGCCAACAACAGAGGCCUGGGUGGAUAAUCUUUUUAAAUUCAUAAAGCAGAUUACAGGAGAAAAGAUCGACAGGACCAGAGAAUAUGUGCAUCUCAUUAGACUAAGCACUGUUAUUCUAAUAUUAAUGAGUGACUGUUGCUGCUUGAAAUAUGGUAUGCUCUACAUUUUGGUACCAAUGAUAUUUGGAUAUAAUUAAGAAACAAACCAACCUAGGGGCAUGGUCCAGUUAGAUAUCUCCUAUUGAAAUUAAUGGAGCUGAACAGUUUUUUUGUAUUUUUAUCUUUGACUAUAUUGUGCUCAAGUUUCUUUAUAAAGCAGGAGAGGGAUUAGGUGUGUUUUCUGUGUCAUUUACAUUUGCUAACGCAACAUUCAGUUUUUCCUUUUUCUUUAGAAUAUUCUUACAGUAACUGGAAGUUCAUAAAAGAGCAAAAAAUAAAGUUUUGCUUGUCACUGACAUUUUAAAACAAAAUGGUAGCUGUAUCAUUUUAUGAUGUAUCAUUUAUGAUACAAUAUAAUUAAAACAUGAAAAUAGAGAUUUUCAUGUAUUAAUUAUCCGUAUUCAUUCACAGUGGUUCUCAAACAUGUAAAGCCAAAUAUUAACCCCACUAUCCAUUACUUGAGGUUUUCUAUUUGACUUCCAUGUCUGGGAACUCCGCAUGUAGUCUUGCAUUCACUAGUACUUUAUCCUUACAAUUUUGCUAGCUGUUUUUUUCUCACUGCUAUUUUUCUAGAAAAAGAGGUACCGGAACUCACCACGAACACGUCCCUCCUUCUCUUAGAAUAGCAAUGGCGCCCACCUGAGAGGUGCCGGAACUGAGUUCUGGCUGAAAAAAGCCCUGAGAUUCAGGGGACUGGUUAAAUGAAAGAGUCAAAAGGCAGCCUUGACGGGACGUGGGGCCAAAUACUCAAAUGGAAACCGAUAUGGUGAACCUGCUCUGGAGUGGGGCGGGGAGAUUCUUCUCAAACACCUCACUCAGAAAUCCCUUGAUGUCCCUGGGAAGUUACCUAAGGGAGGUCUUCAAAUAUGGGGCUUUAAUCAGUAACAUAUCCAUUGCUGUGGUUAAUUAUAUUAGGAGUCCUCAGUGCUUCUACUUGAAAUCCUUUAAACAUUAUUAAAACCCUAUAGCAUUACAGUCUUUGGAAAUCUUUGAGGUUCCAGGUAGGGGAUUAUGAACUGCAACCAAUUCCAAACAGAUAAAAUGGAUGCAAAUUCUAAAAUGGCUAUCUUUAAAAGUUUCCUGACUAGCUGCCAGGGGUGCAAACUUGAAUAAAAUAUUGUGGGGGCCCAGGUAAGCCGUGCCCUGAAUAAUUGAUCACAUGAUACAGUGCACACACACCAUUUGAAUGGGAAUACCCAUCAUCUGUGGGGGAGCCCAGCCCCCUCAAAUAUUUUAUUGUGGGGGCCAAGGCCCCCACAGCCCCUAGGAGUUGGCUCCUAUGCUAGCUGCCAAGUCACAAGGAACUGAAUCAUACUUCUGAGCAGAUAUGUUGAAGAUUGUACUGCAAAUGGUCUUGAUUACAUGCAGCAACAUACGUCUGGGUUUUCCUGGACAUAACUGGCUGCAAAAUGGCGUCUGGGCGGAUUUUUGCUGAAUUGGCAAAACCCAUAUUUGGGAAUAUGGCAACCCUAAUUAAUGUCAUUGAUGAUAUCCUUGGAGAGAACAGUAUUGUCACUGCAGUAAAUUCUAUAUGUCAACCAAUCAGUUUCAGUACUUUUGCCCAACUUAUUUCUUUCUUCUUUCAAAUGAGAAGCUUGCAACUAGUGGUCUCUGAGCCAGGAGCAAUUCUCUGAGGGGCCACUUUUGUUUGCUACUCAUCAGCUCCCACAGAGGUGAGAGGUUGCCAGGGCAACUGACCUUGUCAGAAGGCCAGCUGAAAGGUCUGGAUUUGUUGCCCACAACCUAUUCCUCUUCUCAUUUAUCUAACAAAACUAAGAGCAAACCAGAGGUGUGAACUGGUACCAGUAUAAGAGUAAAAGUUCAUUUAUGAGGCAUUCCUAGGCCUAUGUUUCUAAAUAUUGGUUGCCACACUUGCGAUCAUUUUCUUCUCUGUCAGAGUUAACAAGAGACUAUGCUAUUUUUUUUCUAGAAUGAUUUCUCCUGUGGAAAAGGAGAAAAAAAUGCAGUGGGAAAAUAUUCCUGAAACGUUCUGUCCUUUUCAAGAUAGGCAUUUUAGAACUUACAACUAUUUUAUCAGUUUGAAUUCGGUUGUCGUUUAAGUAAGCCCCUAUUUUUACAAAGAGACUUGUGGCUCCUUUAAGACUAGCCUUCCCUAAUUUGGUGUAUGCCAUGCUUUGGACUACAUUUCCCAUCAUCCCCAACCAGGAGUGGGCUGGGAGUUGUAGUCCAAAACAUAAUGAGAGCAUGGGGUUGAGGAAGACUGAUAAAGACUAACAUAGAUAUUGAGGCCUAAACUUUUGUGAGGGAAAGAUAAUCUCGUCAGAGGCAUGAAGAUUAUCAUAUAUGGCAGAUACCACAGCAUUCUUUUGUUGCUUUCGUAGCAGCAGACUAGCAUGGCUACUACUCUGUAAUUUCCCCGUUUUAAGAAAUUACUUUAAGGAAUUUUAAGUUAAUAUUUGGGGCAAAAGUUUUAGGGUGUUUGUGCAUGGAAGAUGGCCUAAUGGAACCUUCUGGAAUAUGCGCUGCUCAGAAAAAAAUAAAUAAGCAAGGAAAAAACAAUGCAUUGCCAUUUCUCGCUAUACACACAGAGAAAGACACACAGAGUGCAUGCAUUCCUAUUGCGACUGUUACAUGAAAUAUGAAACAGCAAAGAUACAUAAUUUAUUAUAGCAUAAACAUUUUAAAGGCCACAGUUCGUUUCAGUAUGGUUGCCUUCCUCCAUGCCAUUUUUCCGGCCUUGAAAACAAGCAAAUGAAAAGCACAGCUAUUUAAAUAAUUUCACAUGCCUCACUUCCGUAUUUCUGCAGGGCAGCUAUAGAAUACUAAUAAACAUUUCAAACGUUAAAACUAAUAUAUUAAGGAACCCGAUUCAAGCAUCUUUAAAGAGCUGAACAAAUAAGAAACAUAGCUACAGCAAGAUAAAAUCCAUUCUGAGAAUAUUUUAAAGGACCCGAGAAAAUACAAAGGUAGAUAAAGACACAAAAGCAGGCAAACCUCCCUGAGGUAAAUGUGAAGGGACAGCAGCAUGAUUGAAAAGGUCCUCUUCCCAAUGGCCACCCAUGUUACCUUAGAAGGCAGGGCACUGGAAGAAGCUGACUAUGUCAGGAUUGAGCCACAGGAAUUUCAAGUGAGACACAGCAUUACUUAGAUACAGGGCUUUUUUUCAGCCAGAACUUCUGUCACUUCUCAGGUGGGUGCCUUGGCAUUAUAAUAGAACAAGAGAGGUAUUCAUGGUGAGUUCCAGUACCUCUUUUUCUAGAAAAAUAGCACUGCUUAGAUGGUUUUUAAAGAAAUGUAUAAAAAGGAAAUAUCUACUUGAAAUGACACCUUUAGGGUUAAAUAAUUAUUCAUCCAUUUAGUUGUUGUUUUUUUAAAAAAGAAACAUAUUCAUCCUGUUGUGCUUAGAGCAGCUUACAGUGUCAUUAAAAUGCAAGGAGACCCAUAAAAUAGAAAAACGGUUACGUAAAACAUUGUUUAGCUGUGUUUUAUGGUAUUUACAGGUGUGGAGAGCUCUUGUUCAGUGUCAUAGCCAAUCAGUUAGCCAUACCCUUUCCCCGGAUAUUACAUUCCAUUCCCACUCUCCCGUUUUCAAAAUAGUCUGUGGCCACUGAGCAUGCCUAGUCUUCAUUGGGCUGCUUUGGGGGAUCCACCCUGCCCGCCGCUUUUAGGUGGUUAUAUAAUUAUUUUCCUAUUUCUGAAAACCUUGGGAUUCUCCAGAGCCUCCUGGUUCCUCUAUAUUGUGCAUGGAUAGUGCUGUUUUGACUUCCUGGGGAUAAACAAUCAAGAGAAUGAAUUUGUUUUUAAGACUUGCUGUUGCCAGUUUUAUCCUUUCACUUCAUGUAAAUCCAAUACUGUAAUAUACUUUUGAUAUGAGUCUCAAACCAUUCUGGCUUUGUUUAAUAAGCACAGAAUUUCUAACCUUUUCUACUUUCUACCUGAAACUAAUGACUAUUAGGCAGCGUUUCCUGGCACCGAAAACUGCACAUCCCAUGUUUGCACCCACCAAGCAGCUUUUAAGAGGCAUGGGCUGCUUCCAGACGGGUGGCUCCUUGGGCUAAUAAAUCAUUGCCCUUACUUUGUAAGCUGCAAGUGAUUAUAUUAUAGGGGAUAUUGCACUUUCCCCUGCAUCUUCACCCUGCUAUGUUCCAUCCACACAAGUUAGCUUGAAUAGCUAACUCUGGAUAGGUUAGGCAAAGGUCCUAUUUACCUGAGUGACCACUUGGAACAUUCUGAGUGAUCCUUAAAACACACACACAAUUCUUUCAUUAGCUCUAAGUGGUUAUUCAUUUAAGAGUGGUCUCCCAUUACUACUCAUAUGUUUCUUCUUCAAACAGUUUAAUGUUUCUGGUGGAUCAUAAAGGUUGAUUGGAAAUGUUUAAUGUGGGGCACUGCUGAAAUGCUGGUGACUGGAAAGGUUUUUUUAGUGAGUUUUAUGGGGCUGAAUGCCUGGGCCUCCUUCUAAUUCUUGGAAUAGCCACACUGGUUUCCUGGUGAGGUGAUAGCCUGGGCAAUGGGCCAUUAAGGAAACAAAGGAAGGGGUUCUGUGUGAUACGGCAAACAGGUGGGAUACGGCAAACUAGAAAGAUAGAGAGUUGAAAGUUUGGAUUGAGGUGAGCUAGAAGCUGUAACAUAAACUGUGGGUUGGGAAGCAGGCAGAGAGAGCCACGAUUGAUUUCUGUUUGAAUACAAGGCUGCAGUUACAGGGGGAAGCGAGACCCUCUUAGGGUGUUAAUGCUGUGACAUCCUCUAUUGUAGACACAGGUUGUAUAUAAGUGCUUUUUUUCUGGGGGCGAUGCAGGGGUAUGCAUGCCCCUAAACAUUUUGUGAAUCUUUGUACUUUUGUCCAUUUGCGGUAUUUAUUUUCCCCAAUUUGAACUAUAAAAUGGUGAUUUUCUUGAGUCAAAAUGAGAGUACCCCUAAACAUUUUUUAAAGAAAAAAAGCACUGUAUAUGUGUAAAUAAACCAUAUAUCAUAAAGACACCACAGUCUCUGUUGUAGCUCAUUCUGAAGGAAAUCUUGCACUGCUUGGAGACUGCUAUGCAACAAUAGCUUUCAUUUAAGCAGUAUUUUGUUAAUAUUUUAAUAUUAGUAAAUAAUAUUUAAAUAAAAUAUUCAAAUAUAUAUAGGAAGAAAAGCAUUUUAGCACUAAUUAAAAGAUGGAUUUAAAAUAAAAAAAGAGCAGGGCUAUAGAAUUGUGACCACUGCAAAGAUUAAGGUGAAUAGGUUUACUUGCCCGAUAUGUCAAGACCACUUUCUACCUUAAACUAAUGACUAAUGACCUCUUCAAAAAGACAGAAGGGUAGCACUAAAGGCAUGUAUAUCUGUGAAGAUUGUGCUAAUCUACUCAAAAACAUUGGACUUCCUCUGGUAAGAAAAAAAUAUGGAAGAAACGCUGGGGAAACAUAGAUUUGCAAAGAGCUGAUAGCAGAGUGUGGACCUCCAGGAAAAGGCAAGUGAACAAGGUGUGGAGAUUCUAUACCAAACAUCUAGAAUGGAAGCUUGAUAGACCCAUGUCAAGAUGAAGGCAGGAACUCUAACGGAAAACAAAAUAUCAAUAGAAUUUGCCAAGUGGGUUGAAAUAUCCAUUUUUAAAAACUGGAGAUACGGUACUCCUUUCUUGGUGUUCAUUUAUCCUGAGAUUAUCUCCCUAAAACUUGGACAGUUACCAGUAAACGUGAGGAAGCACCUUGCCCUGACUAAUGGUUCAGAGGGUUAAAGGAGAGGGGAAGAUCUAGACCUUCAUCAGUUAGCUUAGAAACAGCAUCUGUUCCCUUCCCCCAACAGGGAUUAGUAAGAGAGAGAGAGCGCUGUUGAUCACAGGAGCUAAUAGUGUUUAAUCCUGGAUUUAAUAGUAUCAGGCAAGAAGAAAGCAACCAUGCCCACUGACCUAACAAAUGGUUAGUCAAAUGGGACAAAUGAGUUGUUCAAUUAGUUGUAUUUCAUUUCUACUGGAAUAGUCCUUGGCUGCAGUUAAUGUUAUCCUAGUACCUUCACACCAGGACUAUUGAAAGAAUACAGGUUGUUUAGUACCAUUUAAAUACAGUGGUACCUCAGGUUAAGUACUUAAUUCGUUCCGGAGGUCUGUUCUUAACCUGAAGCACCACUUUAGCUAAUGUGGCCUCCCGCUGCUGCUGGAGCACGAUUUCUGUUCUCCUUCCGAAGCAAAGUUCUUAACCCGAGGUAAUAUUUCUGGGUUAGCAGAGUCUGUAACCUGAAGCGUAUGUAACCUGAAGCGUAUGUAACCCAAGGUACCACUGUACAAGUAUCUUCUAGCUGGUGAUAGCAUGCAAAUAUACAGACAUUAUAUUAAUCUGCAAGCAGCUACUCAAGUAAUGGGACCUCAGUGGAAGAUUGUUGUAUGCUUUCUCAAAAUAUGUACAGUUUUUGUAAUAUCUAGUUAGAAAUAAAGAAAAGAAGAAAGGAAAAGAAGCAUGAAUUUGUCCAUGAAUGUGGAUACCUUCAAUGCCUAGUAGGGAUGGAAGGAUCUGUCAAUUUCAGUUCUCUCUGUUUUUCAUUUUUCCAAUCUUAAAUUCAGGUCUCCACAUUUCUGCAGCAGUCCUCUUGAAAAUUCAUCAACAUUUUAGUGCAAAUUUCUCCUCAUAAACACUUUUCCUUUUUCAGUUUUGACUAAUAUACACAUUUUUGCAAGCAAUUCCUCCUAAUAUAAUGCAUUUUUGAGUCUUAUUUUCACUAAUGUAUUCAUUUUUAUGCACACUUUCCCCUAAUAUAUGUGUAUAUUCUUUGGUUGGAGAACUGCACAGCAAAUUCUGGAUAAGUGUGAAUUUUGAAAGAUGCCUGUGCUUUGGUUCUCAUAUUGUUUCAGAAAGUGCAAAAUUGACAGAUUCGCCUUUAACUGCAAACUGAAUCAAAUUCCUCCCCCAUCCCUAAUGCCUAGUUGUUGUUGUUUUUUUUAAAUCUGCCCCAAUAUAUCCUGUCUUCCUUUCAGGUUUCAGCCUCAAUAGGAAGUCAUGAGAAGUUAUUAUAUCUGCAUAUAUUUAAACAAAUUAAUAUAAUAAGUGUUAAAGAGCCUUUUCUCUCUGUCUCCUUCUGGAGAUGCUAAUCCUGACCUAUACUUCAGUCAAGGAGAAAUGAAGUAAGGAAGUUGUAUAUAUACAUACCAGGAAUGCUUCUCUGUAUUAAUGCAUAUUCUGUUAUGCAGUUAACAAUAUGUGGGUUAGUAUUUUUCAUCUUUAGACUUUUAAUCAAGACCUUUUAAAAUUAGUUUAUUCUGAAUUUUGUUAGAAUCUAUUGCUUGAUAAUGGUCUGGUUUGUUUGAUAAUGAAUGAUAAGCCAGCUGCAAAACAUAAGUCUCCCUGACUGGCUUGGAAAGAGAAGUUGCCAGGGUAAUAGUGGGUGAUGCUGUAAGCGGAAAGGCUAGCAGUUGUUUUUGCAAGUGGUUCUGGGAGGGUAAAAGUGGGCAGGGCGCCAUGCUGAGAAGAACAAGCUAUAACAACGAGGCCCAGGCAGCAUAGCUGAUACCUCUGCUUGUAGGUUCAAGCUUGUUGCGCUUAGGAGAGCAAUAAAGGACUUUCUUGUGAAGUGAAUGCUGGGAACUCUCUCCAUCUAGAGUCUAGACUCAGGUUGUAAAUAUGUGUGUAUAAACCAUAUUUCAUAAAAACACCACAGCCUCUGCUGUGCCUAAUUGUCCAAAAGGAAAUACAGCCCUUUGUAAGCCCUGGGAACUCCCUGGAAUUUUGUCAUCGCUUGGCAGAGAUUGGGGGUGGCGUGUAACAAUGUAUAUACCGUAUUUCACCACAUACUGGUUGCCACUGCGUAAUAGUCCCUCCCCCCAUUUUCAGACCCCGAAAAAUGUCCCAGAGCAUUCCCCACAUAAUAGUUGCAGGGGUAAGCUGCAGCUCAUGCUGCAGGAUAACCCAGCCAAGAAGGGGAAGCAGCAGGUGAGCAACCACCUCCACUGCCCGCCUGUGGCCCCUUCCUCCAUCCGGUAAUUCACUGCAUAAUGGUCACACACACCUUUUCGGAAAGGUAAAAUCGGCACAAAAAAUGUGACCAUUACGCAGUGAAAUAUGGUAAAUCCAGUGAAAUUAGUAUAGUAGUACCUGAAAGACCACCUGCCUCAGAACAAACCUGUAAGAUAAUUCAGAUUAUCUGAGGAAAUUCUACUCAUGGCACCAUACACUUCAGAGUAUCGCACGGUGAUGACCUAAAUACAGAUUUUAUGCUGCUGCCCCUGUCAUACCUUGGAAGCAGCAACCAUCAAUUGUCUCAGACAUCUUGUAAAGACUUAUAUUUGUCUCAGACAUCUUGUAAAGCCCUAUGUUUUAUUUGCUUUUUUAUACUGCUGUUUAACUGAUUUUAGAUUGUAUUUUUCUUUUAAUGAUGCAUAUAUUUAAAAUACUGCAAACCGCUUGGAGAUUUUAAAAAAAAUAUUAAGUGAUUUAUAAAUUCUUUUAGAUACCUAAGUCAAUGAUGUGGCUUAGAGAUCGGCACUUCCAUUCCAGCUUUUGGCCGCUGGGGAGAGAAAGGGUUGUUGCUUCCCUAUUUAUCACAGUAAUACAGUGGAGGUCUAUCUGAUGCAGAAGGGUGAAACAUAAGCUGAUCUUCGGCACCUAGAAGGCUAAGAUUAAGAGAACCGUGUUGGGAAGGGAGUUUCCAAUGAACAAGGUCAGGGUUGGUAAGCUUAGUGAAGGAGGAGGGAUUUAUGCCUCCUCCAAUAUUAGAGCAACUGCGUCAUCUCGAAAACCAAAGAGCAGAUGUGGUGUCAGCCCUUGGCAUAUGACAGCUGUUGGAUCCCACCCUGCCUCCUUCCCUCAUGGUGAGCACCACCUGUCAGGUCUCCUCUGAUGAUGCUACCACUAAUCCUCCAUUGGCUGGAUUUUACUACAUAAGACACUAUGGGACAUUGCAUUUUGGGAAAUUUUAAAUGGUAGCCACUCAACAACGACUAGUGCCAAGCAACUGAUUGGCUCCCAUUGGAAGUGUGCCAGCAUGACUGCCAAGGUCUGCUGUCGUGCUGCUGUCAUGAGGCCUCAGUGGAGUGCUUAAGAGAGGCACUAUGCCAGGGAGGCCAUUGGUAGCCAUAACUAUGCUGCAGGCCUGCUCAAACCUGGUGCUGGCCUUGCCUGUGAUCAACAUAAUGGAGGGGUGUUUCUAGGACUUAGGUGAAACUGUGAAGCUUCCUUGUUGCUUUGCUACUGGAUGUCGCUCCGUAUAGUUAAAGCUAUGGUUUUCCCAGUAGUGAUGUAUGGAAGUGAGAGCUGGACCAUAAAGAAGGCUGAUUGCAAAAGCAGAAUUGAUGCUUUUGAAUUAUGGUGCUGGAGGAGACUCUUGAGAGUCCCAUGAAGAUCAAACCGAUCCAUUCUGAAGGAAAUCAGCCCUGAGUGCUCACUGGAAGGACAGAUCCUGAAGCUGAGGCUCCAAUACUUUGGCCACCUCAUGAGAAGAGAAGACUCCCUGGAAAAGACCCUGAUGUUGGGAAAGAUGGAGGGCACAAGGAGAAGGGGACGACAGAGGACGAGAUGAUUGGAUAGUGUUCUCAAAGCUACCAGCAUGAGUUUGACCAAACUGCGGGAGGCAGUGGAAGACAGGAGUGCCUGGCGUGCUCUGGUCCAUGGGUCACGAAAAGUCAGACACGACUAAAUGACUAGACAACAACAAUUGGAUGUUGCAUGCUUUGUAAUCUUCUUGCAUUUAUAGUACUGAAAUGUGAUUUUUUUUUGGGGGGGGAGGGACUAUGUUUUUAUAUUUGCUAUUGUUUUGCCAGUGACUGAUUUAGGGCAGCGCAACCAGUUCUGCCACACUGGGCCAAGGCUAAGGGGUGCUGCAGAGCACUGCAACUAUGAAGUAGUGAAUUGAGCAGAACAGAAGGCAUGGUGGGUCCUUGCACAGUGUGCCCCUCAAAAUAUGGAAGACCAAGGUCCACCCCUGGUUUUGCUAUGUUAUUAUGAAAAUGUUUUUGCAGUGUUUGUUUGAAAUGUAUUCCUGUUUUCUUCAUUGUAAGCUGCUUUGAGCAUGAUUUGUUUUUGUGGAAAAGUGACAUACAAAUCAAGUGAAUGAAUGAAUGAAUGAAAAUAAUGUGGUGGUAGGAUCCCAUGAUCUGCAAACCUGCUGUGAGAUCAAGGAGAUGAUCCAAAUCUCUGAUGUUGGACCAAUAAUAAUAAAACUGAUUUAUUUGUUCAGUAUUCCUCAAAUUCCUGAUAGCUGAGAUGAGGAGUGGUUCUGUAUGCAUAUGUGUUUAAACUAAAUCACACCACUUGCAUUCGGCCAAAACGAAUUACUUUUAGAGUAAAAAAUACCCACUAUCUCUGACAAUCCUUGUCCCUAUGUUUCUGCAUCAGUCACUGAUUCCUGGUUGAAAGCAGACAAGCACAGAACAGUAAUAUGCAGAGAUGCAAAGCAAAGUCUCAGGGCAAGGUAAUUUUGUUCAGUCUGCUGUGGUCACAGAAGUUGUGAAGGCAAUCAGAAUUCCCUGGUGGAGUCUGAUCUAAAGGGAGCUAGGCUGCUACCGUCAUCAACAUCACCAAGAAAUAUCAUGUCUAUAAAAAUUUAGAGCAUUCAAAGAACUUUGCAUUCAGUAUCAGGAUGAAAAGAGACAUUCUAAGUGUGGUGGAAGUAUGUAGUUUGAGCAGUUUCUGCCCUAAAAACAAAUGCCUCAGAAUGCAAUAAAUGAGUACAGUAGUUUGUGUAAGGCCACCUAGUGAGUAAAUGGCAGAAGUGAGACUGGAACUCUCUAGAUCAGUCAUGAUUACAUAGCUGUCAGCCAUGUGACCUCCAUCGUCACUAUUUGGGUCAUGUGAUUGUUUCAUUAUAAACAUGUCCCUGCUUUAUCACAAGUAUUGCAUUUACUUCAAGACUAUUCAGCAGCUUCUUAGUGUCAAAUCACAUAACUUCUAAAUUAGAUCACUGCAGUUCCUUGUAUAGGAAAGGGUUUUUUUAAUGUUUAAUGUUUUAUUAUGUUUUUAUGUAUGUUGGAAGCUGCCCAAAGUGGCUGGGGCAACGUGUGGGGUUUAAAUAGUAAAAUUAUCAUUAUGGAAUGGAACGUCCCUAUUUUCAUUGGAGAAAUGUUGGAGGGUAUGUUAUACAUGGAGCUGCCUUUGAAGACUGUUCAGAAACAGCAGCUGGUACAGAGGUUAGAAAUCAGAUUGCUUAGCGGGACAGGAUGGCUUGAACAUGUAACACAAACCUUGUCAUGACUACACUGGCUACCAGUUAAUUUACUUGCUCAAUUCAAAGUGUUGGAUUUUUACAUAUAAAGCCUGAAUUAUUAUUUUUUUUUACUCUCCUAUCCUCUUCCCUCCCUAUUCCUUUCCCCUGGUGUGUUGUGUUUUUGUUUUUGUUUAGAUUGCCUGCCUGCCGGUAGGGAUUGUUUUGAUUGUAUGUUCUUUUGAAUAUAUUUUUGGAUGAGCGCUUUAGGUGGGGUUUUUUAUUGCUUUUUAGUAUUUGGUUUACUUCUGUUUCAUUUUAAUAUUUCUUGUGAUUUUGUAUCUUGUAAGUUGCUUUAAUAUGCUUCAGUGUAAAAAGCAACAGAAUCAUUUAGGGUGGCUUGCAAUGACAACCCAAUAGCUGGAGCAUUGUGAGGUUGGCAUGGGUUUUGCAUCCCCACAGAUGCCACUCACUGAAAUGCUUGUUGCUUAUACCGUGGUAAAUAUCAGUUCAGGAGUUGUGUUGCAGGCUAUUGCAAUUUAUUAAAAAUAUUCUACAGUGUUUUUUUCCUGUUUACUUUUUACUCCAAAUGUUGACACUAUAUACAGUACAUGGAAUGAGGGUGCUUCCUGACACAAGUUUCCUAGCAACAGUUGUGCAAUGCCAAGCCCAUAAGUGAAACCAAAAGUAUGUCAAAAAGGAUAUGGCUGUUUUUAUCUUGGGGGUGGUAGCUUUUACUUCUGACUUUGUACUAAGGCUGUUUGUGAUGCUUAUGAUGGUUUUGCUAGUCUGUGUGGGGAUUACCUGCUUCCUCAUAGCUCAGUUGGUUAGAGUGAGGUGCUGAUAAUGCCAAGGUUGCAAGUUUGAUCCCUGUAAAGCACAGCUGCAUAUUCCUGCAUUGCAGGGGGUUCAGCUAGAAUAGCUAGAUCAUGUUGCACAUAGAAUCAGAGUACAUACCACCUUCAAAGUCAUCUUGCCAAGCAUAGGAUGGUGGCUUUACUAAUGCAGGCAAGGCUACAGUUGUUGGUCAGAACUGCUAAAGAAAAUAAGUUGGAAUUACAUGUCAUGUGACAGGGACAUUGUUUACAUGUUUCAUUAAUGUUGCAUAAAGGUAAUGCAAUAACUUGUGCCCACUAUGGGCAAAAGUCAGGUGACAAAGACUAGUCCAUAAUAUGCACAGCUGCAGGAUUCCAUGGAAUGUUUUGCUUUAGGAUUUUUUCCAGACAAUCUGCUUGUUGAGCAUUUAUCCUGAUUUGUUUCAGGGAUAUUAGAUGACACUGGUUAAUUAAUUAACGUUCACUCUGAGAGGCUAGAUGACGUUGCAUCAAAGCAAUCUUAUCCCACACUUUCCCCAUUUCUUUCCUUAUAGCAAAAAGGGGAAUGUGUGUGUUUGGUGCAAAAGCCCCAAAUCAAUUUUAAUUGUGGAUCCUAAUUUUUUCUGUAGGUGAUUGAAUCCCACCCAAGAACAGCAAUUCUGGAAGCCUGCUAGCUGUUCAGCCAAGAAAUAAACUAUGUAAAAUAUGCAGAGCAUUAGCAAGGCAUUUAGUGCUGACGCCUUGUCAAACUGUUUGUGUUGGCAGUGCUCUUUCAAAUAUAUUGUUUAUAGUAUUGUAGGAAGCAAAGAGAUAUCCCUCUCCUUCUAUGUUCCUGUAUAGCCUGUUAGUUAAUGAUGUUAGUUAAUGAUUAAGUUAAUGAUGAAGAAAAAAAUGUUUUCUUAAUGAAGCAGUAGACUUGUCUUUAUCCAAAACACAAUAUAAAUGAUGCAUAAUGUAACACUUAAUUGCAGAAUGGGAGCUGAAAAGAAUAGUUUGUUCAGGUUGAGUUUGGUCAGAGAACAGGAAAAUAGCAUAGUUUUCUAGAGCUAAAAGACAGAAACAGUUUUGGGGAAAUCUCCCGAGGUUUUGCCGUUUUACUCUUGAGAACUCAUGCUGGUUUGAACCAAGCAGCGCAUGCUGUGUCCGUAUUUACUUUUCAUCCUCUCGUCCUUGGUGUCAGGAAAUAAACAACCACUUCAGAAACAAAUGCAUAUCUUAUGCUAACUUUUCACUGGAAGAAUGCUAGAUUAGAGGGAUCUUUAGUCUCAUAAGGGUUUUCUACACUUUUGAAGCUGUACAAAACUUCCCAGAUCCCCUCUGGUUACAUAUGUCACACAAGCAGUAAUUAGGUCUCUACAGAUUUCUGCCAAAAGCCAUCAGAAGAAGCCAUUUUGCUCUUACUGUCAGGUUUCACAUAAGAUAUACUUGGAAUUGCAGAUGAGGCUACCAGUAUUAAGUGUAUCAAGCACACAGUGUAAUCCUAUACAUGUCUACUCAGAUGCAAGUCCAACUUAGUUUAAUGGGGCUGUUAGCAUUAUUAUCAUUAUUAUUAUUAUUAUUAUUCAAACAUGUUGGCUUAAAAUGUAUUUGAUCACUAGAAUAAAGUGUUUUCUUAUGGCAAUUGUUCCAUCAGCACAAGCAUUUCGACUUGUCCCUCUCCUCUCCCUGUAAGCUGUUCCGGGGUUCUCCUGACUCUCCUAGAGUCUAUUGCAGGCAUAGGCAAACUCAGCCCUCCAGAUGUUUUGGGACUGCAACUCCCAUCAUCCCUAGCUAACAGGACCAGUUGUCAGGGAUGAUGGGAGUUGUAGUCCCAAAACAUCUGGAGGGCCGAUUUUGCCUAUGCCUGGGCUAUUGGGUGACGGGGGGGGGGGGGGAGAGAGAGAGAGAGAGAGAGAGAAGGGAAAGCCUCAUUGUACCUAGUGGGACUUGUUAGUUGAAUCUGGCCUCAUGAGUUCAAACAGAACUGAUUCACUCUUCUGUGUCAUGGUUAUUUUAUGUGUUAUAUCACAGAAUUAAUUAUUAACUUUCUUUGUUUGCCGAUGAAGCAAUUUAUUAUACAAACAAUGGCAAACUGAAAAUAAGGUACACAUAACUCCUACUAAGGGAUGCAGGUGGCGCUGUGGGUUAAACCACAGAGCCUAGGACUUGCCGAUCAGAAGGUCAGCAGUUCGAAUCCCUGCGAUGGGGUGAGCUCCCGUUGCUCGGUCCCUGCUCCUGCCAACCUAGCAGUUCGAAAGCAUGAAGUGCAAGUAGAUAAAGAGAUACCACUCAGGCGGGAAGGUAAACGGCGUUUCCGUGUGCUGCUCUGGUUCGCCAGAAGCAGCUUAGUCAUGCUAGUCACAUGACCCGGAAGCUGUACACCAGCUCCCUUGGCCAAUAAAACGAGAUGAGCGCCGCAACCCCAGAGUCGGUCACGACUGGACCUAAUGGUCAGGGGUCCCUUUACCUUUACCUUUAUACGCCCACAGUCAUUCUUGACUUAUUGCAAGUUCCAGGGCUGCUUAAAUCUGGUAGUUUCUACAUGUGACCUUUGUGAGGUAGGAGAUGAUUGGUUUAAUGGGUGCCGAAGUCACAGAAACUCUGAUGGCUCCCAAAUGCAUGGGAGAGCAGUAAUAAUGCUGUAUACAGUUCCUAGGCAUUUGGUGUUCUCUCCUAGAUAAUAGGCUAAUCUCUCUGCACCUUCCUACCAAGUCAUCUUUGCAAAGUUUCUCUCCUUGGGAUGGAAGGAUCUGUUCAUUUCAGUACUCUCUGUUUCAUAUUUUCCCUGUCUUAAAUUCAGUUCUCCACAUUUUGCAGCAAUUUGUGGUUAUUAUUUUUUUAAGUCCUUGUGAAAAUUCACCAGCAUUUCAGUGCAAAUUUCUCUUGAUAAACACAUUUUUAUUGGCAGUUUGGACUAGUAUGCACAUUUUUGCAGGCAAUUACCCCUAAUAUAAUGCAUCUUUGUAUGUUAUUUUCAUAAAUGUCCAUUUUUAUGCACACAUUUCCAAAAUAUAUGCAUUUCUGUAAACGUUUGGUUGGGGGACUCCAUCACAACAGUUGGAUGAAUGCAAAUUUGGAAGGAUAGCUAUGUUUUGGUUUGCAUAUUGUUUUGGAGAGUGCAAAUUUGUCAGAUUUGGCUUAAAACACUUAUGGAAUUUGAUUUCUCCUCUGCCCCUACUCUCUCCUCCACCUAGACACCAGUUUAGAAGGAGAAGGCAGCCAGACUUUCUUACAUUUAUAUCCUGCUGUUCUUCCAUCAUGGAAACCAAGUUAGCAUUCAUGUGGUUUCCAUCCAGACAUGGACAAGAUCCAGACCUGCUUAGCUUCAGUAAGAUGGUGGCCUCCUGUGCCUUCAGACCAUGCCAUGGAAGAGAUCUUAUCGAGGCUAAUCAUUGCAGGGUAGGAAUUAAAGUAAUAUACAGCCUGUUAGAGGGCAAAACAUUGAUUGCUAUUUUGAAUGCAGGAUCCUCUAGAUCUCCAUAACGGGGCAACUGAAAUUAAAGACAACAACUCUUAGUUGGCUAUUUUAGAAAGCAACAUUCACAGAAUUUCAUUAAACUGUCCAAAUUGUUGAGAAAACUGAUCAACAACUGAUGAAAAGAUUUUCACUCUGAAAUGUAAGUACAAAUUGUUUGUACUAAGGAGCUUGCUGACACAAAGAUGCCAUACUGUACCAGAAAUCUAAAUGAACACCCUCUGCUGACACACACUCUCUCCUGUGGAGCAAGAAGUGUAUUAUUACUAUUAUUAUUUUAACAUUUAUACUGUUUUAUAUAAGUAAGUGAUUUACAUAAAACACCAUAAGAUCAUUUUUAAAAGAAAAGAAAAAAUAUAAACACAACACUAUAACCAAAAUUACAUAGCAAUAGAUCUGUAAAAACAGAAAAUCUAUCAAUAAAACAUUCAAUUAAAUAUAUAUGAAUAACAGAACAGUGUGAUGAAUCUUAUGAGCCAGGGAAAGCCUGCUUAAACAGAUGGCUUUAAAGGAGGUAUUUCAAGCCUGCCACUAUUUCUGCUUCACAAACAGCACAUGGAAGGGUAUGGCAAUAAUGUCAAUGGACCGAAGGCAUUGUGAAAAUUCAGGGCACAGUUCCAACAUGGCAAGGCUUUAAAGCAGAGCUUUCCCAACUUUUCAUGUUGGUGACACACUUUUUAGACAUGCAUCAUUUCACAACACAGUAAUUCAGUUUUACUAGCAAACCGAACGUGGGGAAAGUUCGUGCAACAUGCCUACAGACUGCAGCCGACAUACUAUCGUGUUGCAACACAAAGUUUGGAAAGCUCUGCUUUAAAGGAUGUCAGGAAAAAAUGCAUGGCUGUUUUUGGCUCAUGCUCUCUGUAUGCCUGCCUGCUAUUGCUGUUCAUGAGCCCCAUCUAGAAUAUUGUAGCCAUUACCUUUUCCUCUGCUGUUAAGAGCUUAUUGAUUGUAUCUUGAAUUUUAUUUAAAUAAGUUUCUUUACCCACUUUAAUGAACACUCAGUCUCCUCUAGGUCAGGUAGCAGUUACUGACAUGGCAAACCUAGUAAAUUUAUUGUGAUCAAAAUUAAUUUUAGUUAGUGAUAUCCAACUAAGUCAUACUCAGAACAUGCCCUCUGUAUGAAAAAGAAAUGGAUUCAUUUGUGUUCUAAUGCACAGAAUUUUUGGAUAAAUACUAUCAUUUUCAGCAUCCUAUCCUAUUUAAAAUGUGUCAUAUCAUGGAUACUUUGAGAUUUGUGCAUUGCAAGGGUUUGGACCCGAUGACCCUCAGGGUGCUCUACAAUUCUAUGAUUCUGUGUAGAAUUGGAGUAUAAUAUUUGUGUUGCAAAACCUAUAGAGAUGGAAUGUAGAUCAUUUCACAUCAUUCUGCUUCUCAUGGGAACAUGCAUAUUUUUCUGCAGCAAGAGAACAUUUCUGCAAUAUCUCCAUUAUGUUGAAUGAGAAGCUAUCUGUGUUUGUAUGGAUUGUCUGGUUCAUUUAAUUGACUCUUCCUGGGAUUGUUUAUUCCAGAGCCAUUAAUUCAACAAGUUUUAGUGUAAUUGAUGUCUGUUUCUGUUUCUGUUAUUUCCCAGAUACUCAUUGUUCUGGGAGAUUUCAGCAUCCAUGAUGAGGGUACUUUGUCAGUAUGAUUUUAUGGCAGGAAUAGCCAACGUGGUACUUUCCAAAUGUUGUUGGGACUACAGCUCCUAUCAGCAUGGCCAACGAUCAGAAAUUAUGGGAAAGUGGUCCAACAACAUAUUGAACACCUUCCUCUUGAGCCAAUUGAGUUCUGGAACUUUUCUAAAGGUGUCACUGUUCAAUAUGAUAGUUACUCUGGCUGAGUUCUCCAUUCCGAAAGAAUAAAUGUGAAACCAAGCACAAUGAAGAUUGUAUAAGGUAAAGGUAAAAGGACCCCUGACCAUUAGAUCCAGUCGUGACCGACUCUGGGGUUGCGGCGCUCAUCUCGCUUUAUUGGCCGAGGGAGCCGGCGUUUGUCUGCAGACAGCUUCCGGGUCAUGUGGCCAGCAUGACUAAGCCGCUUCUGGCAAACCAGAGCAGCACACGGAAACGCCGUUUACAGUGGCGUAGCGUGGGUUGUCAGCACCCGGGGCAAGGCAAGUAAUUUGCGCCCCCUAACCCGUGGAUUUUAGCAGGGGGCAGAGAGCUGCGAGUGUGAGCGCGCCCCCCCCCAGAUGUUGCGCCCGGUGCGGCCGGCCACCCCUGCACCCCCCACGCUAUGCCACUGGCCGUUUACCUUCCUGCCGGAGCGGUAUCUAUUUAUCUACUUGCACUUCGUGCUUUCGAACUGCUAGGUUGGCAGGAGCAGGGACCGAGCAACGGGAGCUCACCCUGUCGCGGGGAUUUGAACUGCUGACCUUCUGAUCGGCAAGUCCUAGACUCUGUGGUUUAACCCACAGCGCCACCCGUGUCCCAAAGAUUGUAUAGUCCUUUGCAAAUCAAAAGUGACAAAUGAAUUGCUGAUAAUAUUUGAAAGGCUAAUGAACUGGUACCAUUUGUUUCAGAAUAAUCAUUUCUCCGACUUUGUGGAUAAACAAACCGGCUAUACAACCGUCAACAUGCUUGCAGCUCCAAUAGUGUCUGGGAAAGAGGUUCUCGCUGUGUUCAUGGUUCUUAACAAGCAAAAUGCCUCUGAAUUCUCUAAAGAAGAUGAAGAUGUAAGUACUGACAUGAAGAAUGCUAUGGUCUGUAGAGCAACAAGAAGUAACAAGUUGGGUUCACUGAGUGGCCUGAGCAUAGCUGUCAACUUUUCCCUUUUCUUGCAAGGAAUCCUAUUUGGAAUAAGGGAAUUUCCCUUAAAAAAAGGGAAACAUUGACAGCUAUGGGCCUGAGGUCACUUGACAAAUGUAGCAUUCUACUGUAUUUUCUAAAUGGAUGCUAAUCUGACAUGAGAAAGGGCAAUAUCCAGAAAUCAGUAGCAAAACAUGUCGGCCUCCCAGGACACUCUGCUGCUUUUAAAGUAGCAAUUAUUUAACAAAGGAAUUUCUACAGCAGGAAACAGCUGAAUUACAGUUUGUGAGCCAGUGUGAAGUAAUGGUUAGAGCAGGCAUAGGCAAACUGGGCCCUCCAGAUAUUUUGAGACUACAGUUCCCAUCUUCCCUGACCACUGGUCCUGUUAGCUAGGGAUGAUGGAAGUUGUAGUCCCAAAACCUCUGGAGGGCCGAGUUUGCCUAUGCCUGGGUUAGAGUCUUGGAACAUGACCUGAGAGACCAGCAUUUGAAUCCCCACUCAGUCUUGAAGCUCACUGGGUGACCUUGGGCCAGUCAUCAUCUCUUAGCCUAACUUACCUCACAGGGUCGUUGUGAGGAUGAAAUGGGGAGAAGGAGAACCUUGGCAAAUAAAGGUGGCAUAGAAAUGUAAUAAAAUAAAUAAAAAGAAAAUAAAUCCAGAAAUUCAGUUCUAUCCCUUGUGGCCAGAACUGGGAUAACGGGUUUUUAUCCCACUACAGGUGUUAAUUAACUUUCCAGUGCCAGGUAUUUGCAUUACCAACAAUACUGUUCUGUGAAUAGUCACUAUAAUGACUUUAUGUCAUUAUAACUUUUUGUACUUGGUUGCGUUUAAUUUCUCUCUGAUCUCACUGGUUGUAAUUCGUCUCUACAAUUAUGAAUAUAUAUAUAUAUAUAUAUAUAUAUAUAUACAGUCAACACAGAUUAAAACCUGAUGCAUCGGAUAAUCUUGUCAUCAAAGCUUAUGCCACAGUAAAUUUGAUUGUUUUUAAAGUGCCACAAGAACCUUUCCAUUUUUUGCUACAACUAACUCACUGGAAAUUAUAGCAUUUGUUGGAACUUAUGCAUGUCGACUCAGAAGUAAGUCCCAGUGAGUUCAGUGGAGCUUACUUCCAGGUAAGAGGAUAUAGGAUUUCAGCCUUAGUGGGUAAAGAUCUGGAUAGGAGAAAGCUAGGAGCCUUGUGUAAGCUGUUUGCCUUUCCAAGGAAGAAUGCAGUGCAAGUAAAAAAAAAACCCAUUAUGAGCCACAAUCCCACCAAAGCGCUGUGAAGGCCCAUUGACUUCAGUAGCAGUAAGACAUCUUUCUGCUUAAGUGUGUCAUUGAAAUAAAUGGAACUUGAAGCACUUAACUUUGUUUGGAUCAUGCCCAUGAUAAUUGUUAUUCUCUCUCUCUCUCUUUCCUUUGCAGCUAUUUAACAAAUACAUUAAUUUCCUUGCACUUGCUGUAAAGCAGUAUCACACGGCAUACUUGUACAAUAUUGAAUCCAGAAAAAGUCAGGUAAAGUAUUACAUCUUACUUAAUUAAAUGUGAAGUCAGUGAAAGUCCCGUUACUUAUUUUUCUUGCUGCUGCUUAUGGUUUCAUAAUGUGCCCCAAAAUGCAAAAGGAUGUACUGAUUGUGACACAUUUCCUCAUGAUUUGCCAGUGUUGUCGUUUAUGCUUCAGCCUGCAUCAGUCAGAGUUUUAAAUGUUUCCUCAUUUUCUCUCUCUCUCUCUUAAAUAGAUGCUUUUGUGGUCUGCCAACAAAGUAUUUGAAGAACUUACAGAUAUUGAGCGACAGUUUCACAAAGCACUGUACACCAUUCGAAUAUACUUAAACUGUGAAAGAUAUUCUGUUGGUCUGCUGGACAUGACCAAAGAGAAGGUCACUACUAUUUAUUAUAGCUAACUAAUUAACCUAACUAAACUUUUACAAAAGACUAAUGAGGUGGUGCCAGAGAAGAGGCAGCUUGCCUUGCCCCCCACUUGUCACACUCGUCUUUAAUUGAAGGAAAGGCACAAACAAAUUGUAACCGAAUCAUCAUUAAAAUAUAGCUGCGGUCUUAAGCAUGCUUACUUGAAAGUUAACUCUGUCAGAAAUCAAUAGGAGUUACUACUUCAGCUAAAAUAUGUUUUGGAUGGGAGCAUUAUUUCUCUUUCAUAAAUGUGGAACAAGCAUGCCCCUCCUCGAAAUGCCGUUUGUUUCCCUCUCCCCACUUCCCAAUUGUUGCUGCUGCUGCUGCUACAGGAAGGCUACAUGAUCUUGUGUAUGGUGAGUCUACGUAAAUCGAAUCCACUUCAGCGGGAUUGAAGCAGCCUAACUGGCCACAAGAUCAGAGAUGAACUCUCCCCCCCGCCCCCGCAAUCCUUGGUGCCAUUUUUCAGGGACAUUUUGCUAAUUCAUCUGUUACUAUUCCCAGGAAUUCUAUGAUGAAUGGCCAAUUAAACUGGGAGAAGCAGAGCCUUACAAAGGACCGAAAACGCCCGAUGGCCGAGUGAGUACAAUUCUUUCAUCUCUCCAAAUCACAGACUUCUGGAUACUAUUGACAGAUUCUUACAUUUCUUUCUCCCUUUGCAUUUAGGAAGUCAACUUUUAUAAGAUUAUUGAUUACAUCUUACAUGGAAAAGAAGAAAUCAAAGUCAUUCCGUGAGUGUUUCCUGCCAGUUUGUUAGAUAGUAAUUAGUAGAGUGUGUUUGGAACAGGCCCAGAUUGCGUGGGAGGGGGAGCACGAGGGGGGAAUUGCUCUGGGUGGCAGGCUAGUGGGGUGGCAAAACAGCAUCCCGCCCUAGCUUGGUUCUGCUAUUUAGAAGAGGCUGGUGGGCCAUAGCCUGCCAUGCUGUGUUGUCCUGUUGCCAAUAUGGUGUGGCUGCCUAUGGCCCCCCAUGGUGUUCCGUCCUUCAUUUGCAAAUCAGCGUAGUCUCUGUAGCAAAGAAGACUGUCAGUGAGGCUUUGUAUGGCGGAUGGAAGUGGAGAAAAACGAGGCAAAAGGAGAGGUAUCUACUGCUGCUGCUGCUCUUUGUGCCCCAGGUCUGGGAAAAUAGGAAGGAUGUUGAUGAUGGUGAUGAUAAUUAUAUUUAUACCCUGCCCUUCUGGCUGGGUUUCCCCAGCCACUAUGGGUGGCUUACAGUACAUAUAAAAACAUGGACAUUGCUUUGCUCUGCUCUGUUACCUUUUGCUCUUCCUUCCUUCUCCCCCAGGCUCCAGAAUUUAGCAAAUGGCUUCCUCUUGUGGCUUACACUUCACUAAGCCCUUAUGCAACAUCCACUUGAGGAAGGGAGGGAAGUGGGAAGAGACUAGGGGUUCAGCCAGAGUCCAAGAUGUUUCUUCCUUUCAGUGCCUGCUUUUGCCCUAAGAUCUGGGGAGGGGGAUUGAGGUGAGGGCAGCUGUGGGCACCAUGCAAUACCUUUCUGAUGUUUCUGUUUAAAUGAAACAAAGCACCUUUUCUCUCUCUUUGACACUGACCACGAGAGCAGCUUCUCUCUUGGUGAUAAGGGUAGAGGGGUGGGAUAGACAGACCAGAAUACACAGAGGAUGUAAUUAUUUGAGACAAAUCUGAGAACAAGAAUAUGUGAGGGGGCGCUUUCCAUAUAUUUUUAUUAAUGCCAAUCUUGCUCCCAAACGCUCAGAUUCAUUACCCACAACAUUUUUUAAAAAAAACCCUCUAUAGCCCACCCACCCACACCAACACCACAGUCUGAAGAGCUUAAUGGGUGUCACUGGUCAACUUUCAGUUUGUAGAUCUGGUACUGGUUUGGAAGUGCUCAAUUUUAUCUCAUUCUCUUCUUCAAAGAUCACCUACUCCGGAUCACUGGUGUCUUGCUAGCGGAUUGCCAACUUACGUUGCUGAAAAUGGAUUUGUAAGUUUCAGGGGUGUUUUUUUUAUACAAUUCCAUAUGUAUAGGUGUAUUUUGUUUAAAUCUUUAUGUCAGUAUGUUUCACAAUAAUCUAAAUAUAUGUGUAAGGGCUCUUCUAGGUGACCUCCUUAUUUGGCAUUCAUCCUGAUUUCCUUGCACAAAUUUCACCCAAAGUUUAGAUUAUAUCUGGUAUUUACUUUAGGUUUACUUUACCCAGGAUCAGUGUAUGUGAAGAAGUCUGUAGCCAUAACAGCAGGAGCCCCCACUCUGUAGAAGCAUCAUCUAGAAGUGCCCCCAAGAAGAUGCAAGCAAAAAUACUCUACUUGGCCUGUCUCCUGUAACAGCUGACAUCUGACAUUUAAAUGACACAGCUUCUUUUUAUUGUAUUUCUCUCCCUCUCGCUCUAGAUUUGUAAUAUGAUGAAUGCACCAGCAGAUGAAUACUUCACUUUUCAGGUAGUGUCUUUUCGUUUAUUGCAUUAACAAGUAAAUAAUGCUAAGAUAAUACAUCAGCACUAGAGAUGGAUGAGACAAUUCUUGGUCUGCUUUUUAAAGUGAAUUGACCUAAUUUGCCAGUCUUAGAUUAUACGUGGGUUGGAAUGUAGCAACCAAUCAGAUCUAAAACAUGUAUCUUAUGUGUUUAUAAUUGCCCAGAAGAAAUAGUAUUUUAAGGUAAAAUUCAUUGAAUAGCACAGUAAAAAGUGUGCCAUUUACAUUUAUUGAUUGAUUAAAUUUAUAUCUUCCGCCCAAAGGAGUCCAGAGCAGCAAGUAAUAAAAACAUCUCAAUGUCAAUUUUCUCUCUCUGUGUGUGUUUAAUUUGCAAAAAACAGGGCACCCGACAUGCAAAACUGACAGGGGAUGAAAGUCGACUGAUCUAUCCAUCCAUUGUGUUCACACAGGCAUUAUAGUGCUUUAAUACGUAUGUGGUAAUGUAAUUUCUUUUCUUUUUCUCUUCUGCAGAAAGAAGCUUUCGAUGAGACAGGGUGGAUUAUUAAAAAUGUCUUAUCUUUACCUAUUGUCAACAAGAAGGAAGAAAUUGUCGGUGUAGCUACAUUUUACAACAGGAAAGAUGGCAAACCCUUUGAUGAGCAUGAUGAACAGCUUACUGAAGUACGCUCCAAGUUGCUUGACAUUGUCAGGCUACAAUCAGACACUGGAGGGAGGGUGUUUUACCAUAAUUGGAAAUUUAAAAAUAAAAUACUAACAUGUUACACUACACUUCAGUAUCUUGGGAAAGUAGUUGGUAUGUAUACAACCUAUCCUGAGCAUCUAAUAUAUUGUCAUGAUAAGUGUGAGGACUUGGAUGUCACUGUUGCUUUUAUCAACAGAAAUUUCCUAUAAAAAGUAAUAAUUUUCUAUAAAAGAUAAUGCCAAUGGGUUUGAUCCAAAGUAGUGGAUAAAUAACUUGUUCACUAAUUAGUGAUGCUCAAGUGCUAGUGGAAGACGUGUCUAUAAAAGACAGGUGUUUUGCAUUAUCACAGAGUGUGUGCCUUCCCAGCUGCACAGAGCAGAUGGAAAUACCUAAAUGUUUAUAUUUAUUUACUCCGUUUCAGAUGCUUACACAGUUCCUGGGAUGGUCUGUUUUAAAUACCGACACCUAUGACAAAAUGAAUAAGCUUGAAAACAGAAAAGACAUUGCUCAGGAAAUGCUGAUGUAUCAGACAAAGGCAACAGCGGCUGAAAUUCAGACCAUAUUGGUGAGUGUGAGUUCAAAAAUGUAGUAUGGACAUUUUUGUACAAAAAUGAAGUUUGGACAUUUUUGUGAGAUCAACUGAACUCAAUGGUUUUAUUUGCUUUCCCCCCCAUGUUAGAAAUACAAAGAAAAACUGAACUUAGAUGUUAUAGAUGAGAACUGUGAUGAGAAACAACUUAUCAAAAUUUUGGUAAGUAACUAAAGGCAUACUUAUAUUUGAUAUGGGACAUGGUGUUUGUUGUUUGUUUGGGAUGGUGUUAGACUGUCCCCAGAGGAUCAGGUACAGAGUCUGAGGAUACUCCUAUUCUGUCUUUCCUCUGAAGGCUGAGGUAGUUGCAGGGGCAUGGAAUGCCUGUUGCCAGUUCCACCUGCUUCACCAUGUACAGGAAUAGCCUGGCCACAGUAACCCACACCCACAUUGACUACUGUAUUGCACUCUAUGUGCAUCCUGAAGAUGGUUCAAAGAUGAUGCAGCAUGGGUACCAACAAAUGGGAGCAUGGAACACUGUCACCGAGUCCCAUUCAAGGUGUUGACUCUUAUAUAUAAAACCCUAAAUGGCUUGGUGCGGGGGGACAGACACCUGAUUAUAUGAAAGAACGCCUCUCCCAAUACUAUCCUGCCCAUGAUCCCAGCUCGGCUGCGGAAGUGCUAUUAGCUGUACUAUCAUCAAGGGAGAUCCAAUUAAGUGGAACUGGGCUACAGCUUUCCAAUGAGCUUUCUGCUGAGAUCAGGCAAGCUACUGCGCUGAGGUCCAGCAACAGCAGAAAACACCAUUAUUUCACUGAGUCUUUAUGCAUUAGUUGUACGUGUUAAUUUAUAUUGUUAUUCAGAGAUGAUAAAUAUUAUGAGCGUUGGGUACUGGUUCUAGAGGUUUUAGUGAUUUAAUUUUGUUUAUGUUAUUUGUUUAGAUUUAUGUGAUUUGAUGUUGCAACAAGCCUGUGAACUUAGGGUGAAGCAUGGGAUAUGAAGUCUAACGAAUAAACAAGCAAAGAAUAGCUCUUGCUCACACUGGGCUUUUGCUGCAGUUUUGUGAGCUCUGGCAUAGAGGGAAGGAACCAUGCCCAAGAAAGCAUUUGCAGGGGUGUUUGAUGAAUUCAUUGGAACUACCAUAUCUCCAUGGAUCUACAUACUAGGGUGCAUGACCUUAAAGCAGUACCCUAUGCAAUAUACCUAAUAAAGUUAGGGAAUCUACAAGGCAAAAAAAAAAAAAAAGCGCAUUUGGAAUGAUUGUUCUAAAAUGCACUUGGUCAGAUAUUUACAUGGCUAAUUCUCAGUGAAUUAGCAAGAAAUUCUGGGGUGGUUUUUUCCUUCUGUUUUUCUUUUGUAUAACUAGACUCCUUUGAUAGAGUCACAUGGAAUGGCUUGUUUAGCAGGGAACAUUCUUUGGUAUCCCUGCUCUCUGCUUGUAUCACUAUUUAGUCUGGAUUAGCAGAGGCUGGGGUUGGAAAGGAUGAGAGAAUGUGGGUGAUCCCCACCCUUUGGCUUGUGAUUGGAAAAAAUAGCUUUAAUUACUUCUACUGCUACUAUUCGGUGAUGUUACCUACCAGGGAACUAGUUAUGUCUCUGCAAUUCUCCAUCCCCGGUAGAAGUCUACAGCUUAUGCAACUGAUGUACUGCACAGCAUGGCAGAAUGAGCCCUCUCUUGUCCUCAUCUGCUUCCUACUACAGCUGUGUGCCUCUCUGUGACUUCAUAUAGUAUAUGCUUUGGUAGGACUGUACUGCAGGGAGACACUGGGUUGUUAUUGAAAAUGGAAUCCACAUGUUGAGCAUUCUCUCAUUUUGUAUCAUGUAUUUGUUAUGUAUAUAUGUCAGAUUUUCAUGGCAUCAUGUGCUUCUGCACCACUGCCAACCACAUAUGUACAGUAGAGGUGAUGAAAUGCACAGCAUCCUAUCAUGGGAUAGGGAGAAGAAAAAUUAACAGGGGAUAGACUUGACACAGAAUGCCAUUUUCACUAGGAGUCUUCUAUAACAAAGAGUUGUGCCCUGAGAUUCAUUAAGCCAUUGGAGGGAAUCCUCAGGCUCAGGGGCCAGUUGAAUUACAGACCUUUUUAUCUGGCCUUCAGGAUUCUCCCCAGAUCACACCCCUCCCUGGCAUUGAUCUGUGUUCUCCUUGUGUUAUUUUGCCUGAGCCCUUGAAUUGUGGUAAUACCUCUUGUUUGCCUGGAUAGUGAGGUGUGUGUGUUGAAAACUAAAAAUCAGGGUCCCAUGUUUCCCGCCACUGAGCUUGUAUGUGAGAAAACAUUGGGCUGAAAAGCUCUAGAAAAUAAUGCAGCCAAAUUCCUGAUAGAGAAGGGCACCUAAAUGUAAGGUCUGAUCUCCCGUGCACUGCCAAAUACAACGGCUUUAUCCUAUUAGAAAGCUUGGAAUCCCAGCUUGCUAAUGGGAUAAAGCAGGCGUUGAAUCUUAAAACUGUCAUUGCUCCAGAAGUGACUGGCUCUUGCCCUUGACCUGGGAUCAGAAUAAAUAGAAGAGGGAACCUACUUACUUUGAAAAGAAUGAUAAUAAUAAAAAGGGAGGCAUGUUGAGAUACUUUUCGUCAUUGAGUUUUGCACUCAAUAUCCCCAGUGCUAAACAGCAGUUCCAUUGGCCACUGUAGAAUAUAAGUAGAUUCUGCAUUUGGUACAGAAACAAUUUUGGUCACCCAAACCAAUGACCAGUGCCAGGAGAGGGAUUCCCCUGGACUUCUCAAUGACUUUUCAUACUACGGAGCAGUGGCGGAGCUUCAUGCUUCGGCACCAGGGAGGUGGAGAGCAAGCGGGAGCGGGGCUGGCGCGCAUCCUGGAGGCGUGGCACCCAGUGCGGGCGGGGGGGCACCCGUGAUGGCACACCACCGGGAUUGCGCUGCUGGGGGCGGUGCGCUCCCCCCGCACUCCUCUUCCUCCGCCAGUGCUAUGGAGUGGACCAUGAUAUCCUUCUGGCUAGGCUAUCUGGAUUUAGAACUGGAGGUAUAAUUUUACAGUUCUGUUCCUACCUGAACAGGCAAUUUCAGAUGAUGACACUGGGGGAACCACUAGUCAGCUCGACAACGUUUAUACUGUGGUGUUCCAUGGGACUAAGUCUUGUUCCUUGCUUUUUUAUUACCUACCAUGAAACCACUGAGUAAGGUCACCCAGAGAUUUGGGCUGAGAUGCCAUCAGUAUAAGUGCUACAUUGGUGCUUGAGUACAGUAACAGACUGUAUGAAGGCCAACAAGCUGAGUCUCCAUUCAUAUAAGACAGAGAGGCUUUCUGUAGCGUGUUUGUCUAUUCAAGUGUCCCCGCCCCCUGUUCUGGAUGGGGUUGUAGUCCCUCUGAAGGAACAGGUUUGCAGUAUGAGGAUGCUCCUUCCACGGUCUCUGUCACUAGAGGUGCAAGUUUCCACUGUGGCAUGAAUCCCCUUUUGCCAGCUUAGGCUGAUUUUCCAGCUGUUGCUCUGGUAACCGCUCUCCAAAUAAUACCUGCACCGCUCUCCAAAUAAUACCUGACAGUCUAAGGCAGGCAUCCUCAACCUUCAGCCCUCCAGAUGUUUUGGAUUACAAUUCCUAUCAUCCCUGACCACUGGUCCUGUUAGCUAGGGAUCAUGGGAGUUGUAGGCCAAAACAUCUGGAGGGCCGCAGGUUGGGGAUGCCUGGUCUAAGGCUAGAGACAUACAAUAGUUUGAAAGAACAUUCAAAGUGGUGCAAAAGUUUAAAAAAAUUCUACAACAUACACUCAUGCGCAUGUAUUUUGGCCUACUGUUGCCUUUCAUCAUCAGACAGGUUUUGUAGGUUUUUGAAACAAUUCUGUUUUGAAAACCUGCAAAACCUGUUGAGCCAGAGGGGGAAGUGGGAUCAUUAUACACACCAGAAGCCGCAAUCUGUCUAUAAUCAUGCCACCUUCAACUCUUUAGGGGGAAAAAAUAAUAUUCUCCAGAACCAGGCCUGCCCAACCUGUGACCCGCCAAGAUGCACAUAGCCCACCAGUGGCCAUUAGCAGCCCAUUCAACCUUCGAGAUUUGCUCCUUUGCCUGGCACAGCAAAAAAGAAAGAGAAAAGCAGGGUGGCUGGGGUGGUUAAAAGUCAAGCACCUGGCAGCCACAAUGCUUUUUUUUUGGUGAGCUAUGUUCAGUCUGAUGGGUCACAAUUUGGGCCAGUCUGAUCUAAACAAUAUAUACCCUGUGAUCUAAGUGCAUCUAACUGGAUGACAAAUCUAACUGGAUCUAACCAAUGCAUAAACAUACGCCUCCCCACCUUAAAAAUAAUUUGGAGAUAUUAAGCAACUUAGUAUGCAAUGCUAAUUUUUCUAGAACUGUUGCUUGAAACAUGAGAGAUCUGUAUAUUCAUGGUGGUUUUGAUUCCAAAGUGUUGGCAUGGCAACCCUCCCACGGAAGCUGGAGACAGAAAAAUUAUCUCCGCCUAAUCCCUUGUGACAUGUCAAACUGAUGGGGUUUUGUUUGGUUUUCCCAACAGAAAGAGGAAUUGCCUGAACCAAAGGAUGUAGAACUUUAUGAAUUUCGUUUCAGUGACUUCCCCGUUACAGAACAUGAGUUGAUCAAGUGUGGGAUACGGAUGUUCUUUGAGAUAAAUGUUGUGGAAAAGUUCAAAGUACCAGCAGAGGUCAGAUAUAUUUUGCCUUGUUUCCCUAAGCCUGUGCCAUAUGAAACAAAGAACAUAGCAUUACCUUUGCAGACUUAGCGUGCCAUUAAUAGUCCUAAAUAUGAGGCAGAUCUGCUCUUGUAUAUAUAUUCAGCUGUGGUGCGCCAGGAUGCACCAUUUCAUCAUGCAAACUAAGCCAAGGAAUAGGCGGCAACACAACACAGAAGAGGCAAUAUGGAAUGUAGGCCUGACUCUAUGUCAUAGGCAGGCCCACAGGCACCCUCCAUCUUAUGCAGCUGCUCCUCAUAACUGGCAUCAGUCAGUCACCAAACAGGAUUGCCCUCCCUUUGCAUCAGCUGGGUGUCUGGUGCUUUGGAAACUACUUAAGUGGGCUUUGACAAAGCUCUACUCUUUCUGAUGAUGAGGAUGAGGAUGAUUUGUAUAUUAGCAAAUGUAAAGCACAAUAAAACACCAAACAUUAAAAACUUCCCUAUAAAGCCCUGUCUUCUAAAAGUUGUGUAAUUCUUUAUUUCCUUGACAUCUGAUGGGAGGGCGUUCCACAAGGAGGGUGCCACUACCAAGAAGGCCCUCUGCCUGGUUCCCUGUAACUUUACUUCUCACAGUGAGGGAACCAUCAGAAGGCCCUCAGAGGAGGACCUCAGUGUCCUGGCUGAAUGAUGGGGGUGGAGACACUCCUUCAGGUAUACUGGGCUGAGGUUGUUUAGGCCCAACCUUUACCUAUAUCAUGUCAAGCGUAGGGUGGGUGGAGGCGGAUUACCCAAUAUGGUCUUGCAGGCCAAGAUAAGCUGAGAGGGGACUUGACCCCUGGUCUCCCAGGUCACAGUCCCAGACCCUCCAAGUGCCCCUAUUUUCCAGGGAUGUUCCUGAUUUAGAGAUGCCGUACCAGUUUCUGAUUUGAUCCUGGAAUGUCCCACUUUUCCUUAGGAUGUCCCUGUUUUCAUUGGAGAAAUGUUGGAGGGUAUGGAAUUAUCUGACCCCCCUGAGCCAUCUGAAGGCAAUCCUGUAUAGGGAAGUUUUUUUAAAAAAUGUUUAAUGUUUUAUUAUGAUGUUAUAUAUGUUGGAAGCUGCCCAGAGUGGCUGGGGCAACCAUGUGUGGGGUAUAAAUUGUAAAAUUAUCACUAUGGCAUGGGACGUCCCUAUUUUCAUUGGAGAAAUGUUGGAGGGUAUGUAGUCUAGUAUUCUGUUAACGCUACGCUGACACAAAAUCAGGAUUAAUCUCAACUUUAUUAUAGUACAACCAAUUUUAUAGCUGUGGCAAAAUAACUUUGUAUUUUGUUUACAAGACUUAAAAGUACAGAGAAUCAAGUGUGUUUCAUUUGCCACAGGUGCUUACAAGGUGGAUGUAUACUGUGAGAAAAGGCUAUCGCGAUAUCACUUACCACAACUGGCGGCAUGGAUUCAAUGUUGGGCAGACCAUGUUCACCCUUUUGAUGGUAUCUUUUGUUUCUCUGGAUCUAUGCCUAAAUUUGUUUUUCAUUUGUAACACACCUGCAGAGAUGCGUUAUUUAUUUAUUUUUUUUAAAAACCCUUCUCUUUCUAUAGACAGGUAGAAUAAAGAAAUAUUAUACGGACCUAGAAGCCUUUGCUAUGGUAUCUGCAGCUUUUUGCCAUGACAUUGAUCACAGAGGGACCAACAACUUGUAUCAAAUGAAGUAAGUGGUCUGUUGACAUAUACAUCUGGAACAACUGUCUUAAAAAUAGGAAACAUGAUUGGAGGUGGUGAAAAGAAAUUGCCGUUAUCUAAAGCAGCCAGUUCAACUUAGUGCCUAAUGGAUCAGACCAUAUAUGCAUCUAGGCUAGAAUCCUCUUUUCUGCAGUGGCCAACCAGGCACGUUCUUAAGUAGUGGAUACAUUUGCUGUGGUGGGAGUGACAUGCAUCAUUUAUUGGUCCUCUUGUUCAGAUAGCCACUUAUUGCAAAAACAAAACACAACCCCAAAGAACCCACCACCCGCACUUCCACUCCUCCUUUAUAUCUACACCAUGGGUAGGCAAACUAAGGCCCGGGGGCCGAAUCCGGCCCAAUCGCCUUCUAAAUCCAGCCCAUGGACGGUCCGGGAAUCAGUGUUUUUACAUGAGUAGAAUGUGUCCUUUUAUUUAAAAUGCAUCUCUGGGUUAUUUGUGGGGCAUAGGAAUUAGUUCAUUUUUUAUUAUUUUUUUCAAAAUGUAGUCUGGCCCUCCACAAGGUCUGAGGGACAGUGGACCGGCCCCCUGCUGAAAAGGUUUGUUGACCCCUGAUCUACACUGUCGGUUGCCUGCUACUUCAUGGUGAUCAGCUAGAUCAGUCAAGGAGGGACAGCUGAACUCUGGGCUCAGCUUAUCUCUUUCAUAUAUGAAAGUUGAAGUCAAUAACAACAGGAUGGACCAGCAGGAAGACAUGUUGUUGGUACUCUAUGAAUGAGAAUAGUUUCCUAUUAAUUAAAAGCAAAUUAGCGUGGAUAAGCUCUACAGUAUGUAAGUUCAUGGUUCAGAAAUACACCCUGUGGAAUAUUUUACACUAUAUAAUUGUGUUUCAUCAGGUCAGCAUCUCCACUGGCAAGACUUCAUGGCUCUUCCAUUUUAGAAAGACACCAUCUAGAGUACAGUAAAACCUUGCUACAAGAUGAGGUCUGUGUCUGUGUUCAGGUUAUUUAUUUGUACUUAUUUUGCCCAGAAAGUCUGUUAUUAGCUUCUUAUACACAACUUAUACACAACAGUACUGCUAUCCCUAGUUUUUGUUUUUAUUUUGAAUGACUAGGAAAUACUAAGACAGUUUACUUUAAGUAGAUGCAUUAUUAUAUAGUAGCAUAUACACAUGGAAUAAUUUUGUAAGCUGUAUUGAUUUGCAAAAAUCUCAAUCUUGCAGAGUUUAAACAUCUUCCAGAACCUAAAUAAGCGCCAGUAUGAAACUGUUCUACAUUUAUUUGAAGUUGCAAUCAUAGCAACUGACUUGGCUUUAUAUUUCAAGUAAGUGCUAAAUUCUUUUCUACUAUAAUGCUUCCUUCUUAUGAAAAUUUAAAAUGCAGCUACUGUGGCCAUUUUAUAAUUUUUAAAAACUUUUUUCUGUGUAGUUUUUCAUGUUUUGAGCCUACUAGAUUAAAAAUGUUUUAAAGUAUUACUUUAACAAAAAAGGCAAAAACAUAAACAAUGUAAAAAAUAAAUGCAUUUAUGUAUGGAAUGAUUUUUUGUCUGUGUCUCAUCAUGUGGGGGGAAAAAACUAGUCAGAUACCCUGUACACUGUGUACAUAUUGGUGCAUAUUUAAACUAAAGGACCUGAAAAGUGAUGAUAAUGUGAUUCCAUUGUUAAUCUUAGCAAAGGUUUACCUGACAGGGUUAGUCCAUUAGGUCAUUACUGCAAUUACAAACCCAACGUAAUUUAGUGCCUAAUAUCCAUCAGGGUUUCUUGUUGUUGGGCCUCAUAAUUCCAUUUCAGAGGCCCAUGUUGGGCUCCAGGACAGUAAAAUUCCCAAGUAGGCUGUAAAAGGGACCAUGCGUGCAUUGUAAAAGUCACCAUAUUUCCACAGGAAAAGGACUAUGUUUCAAAAGAUUGUGGAUGCAAUUGAAAAGAUGGAAAAAGAAGAGGAAGCAAUUAAAUAUAUAUCUAUGGACCCGACCAAAAAGGAAGUAAUAAUGUAGGUCAAUUUCAUUUUAUCCUUCCUCCACUAAGGCUAGUACUGUUUUUCCUCCUGCUAUAAAUCUAUUAUCUUUAUUUAAAGGGCGAUGAUGAUGACUGGCUGUGACUUGUCUGCUAUCACCAAACCAUGGGAGGUGCAGAGUAAGGUGAGCAUCUUCAGAAUCAAGUUUGACGUAAUUUUUAUUGAGAGAAAAUACAUGAGGCUUUUAUUUCAGUAAUAUCUAGAUAUAUGUUUGAUGCUGAAGCAUGUGAAGAUGUUUAUUGAUUUCCAGAUUUGUUCCCUAUUCUUUUUCCAAAACGAGCUUACCAUAACAAUAAUAAAACAGGAAUUCAACAGCUUUAAGAAGUUCAGAAGAGCAGAUCAGACCAAGGGUCCGUAUGGCCCAAGCACUCUGCAAAGCCCUCAAGCAGAUGGUCUUUGCCAUCCCAAGCAACUGGUGUUCAGACAGAUGUAGGCUCUGGCUCUGAGCUAAGGCCAAUCAUUCAGGUUUGAUAAUAUUUUAGAGCAGGGGUGUCAAACUCAAAUUCAUCGGGGGCCGCAUCAGCAGUUUAGUCACCCUCAAAAGGCCGGUUGUAUCUGUAGGACUAUGUGUCCACUCUUUAUUAUCAUAAAUUAUUGUCACUGCAUUCAAUUAUUACUGUUUUUUGUAAUAAUGUAAGUAAUAACUAGCUCUGAAAGCAGAAACAUAGUCAGAAUAAUGGCAAGUAGAUAUUCAAGUUAUUGAAAAAUGAUUUUUGGUAACAGACAGUUGUUUUUUUUUUUUUAACAUACAAAUAUUGCCAAACACUGUUUAUUACACAUAUGGCAAACACAAGGCAUUAACUUUUUUUUAACUUUUCUGACUAGAUGGCUGACAUCGUUUAGCUGGCUUUCACUGCUGCAUCAUUUUUUGCUGUCAUUUUUGCAAAAAUAUUCCGUUGAGAAUGCAGGCUACCUUUUAAUUCUUGGACCUUUUGUUGCUUUUCCUGGUGGCUAAGGUUAGCGAAUUUGGCUCCAUGUUUGGUCUCAAAGUGCCGGCAUAAAUUGUAUUCCUUCAUCACUGCCACUGCCUCAUAGCAAAUAAGACAUACCGGCUUGUCUCCAUUAAUCACAAACAUGUAUUCACUUUCCCAUCUCUCCUGAAAUUGCCUUCCCUCUGCAUCAACUUUUCUUUUCUUGGACAUUUUUGGGUUAUUUGAUUGUAGUUUAUGGUCCCUAUACCACUGUAAAGUGACACGGAAGUGGUCAGUAUAUCCAAAGUUUACCGCUCAGACUUUUAAGCAGAAUAAUAAGCAGACCCCCCCUAAUAAGCAGACCCCCCUCCCCCCCCACAUACAUCAUAUGUACUUACAGUACAGGAGAGAAGGGUUCAGGCAGCCGUUGGAUCUGUCACAUCACAGGAUGGCAUGCGCUCAAUAUAAAAACAAGUGGAGGUUUCCUGAAUGCAUGUAAAGUGGAGGUUUCCUGUGUAGAACAGCCGGCGCCGCUAGAGGGCAGACGUUCUCUGGCUUGUAGGCUGCCGCGCAUGCGCUGAAGAGGCGGCUUUCUUGUGUCAAAAAAAAAGAAAAGCGAGAAUAAAAGGUGAAGGCUGGCGGCCGCCAGCGGCUACACGGGCCACAUGACGAGGUCUGGCGGGCCGGAUUCGGCCCGCGGACCUUGUGUUUGACACCCGUGUUUUAGAGCCAUCUAAAUCAUUGGCCAUAACCAUCUCUUGCAGCAGUGAAUGCCAUCAGUUAGUGAGUUCCAGAGGGUAGCGAGUAGACAGCAUACCAUUCAUUUCCAGCUAUAGAUACUGGAAUAACAUAUUAAAUACUUGUAGAAUGCAUUCCCACCUUCUUUGCUGUGAUACAUUUCAAUUCCGAGUUGGAUUCAGGACAUGUUUGUGAUAUUCCAAAACGAUCAGAAUGUGUGGCAAAUAUAUCUUAUUGGUCAUUUUUAAAGAGUUAUUACUAUGAUGGCAAAAACACAUUCUUCUGCUACGUUUUCUGUGGAACAGGUUGAAUACUGUUUUAGGUUACAACUGCUGUUUAAUCUUGAAUCUUUCAAUAGAAGCCAUUAUUCAUUCCUAGGUUGCCAUCAUGGUUGCAAAUGAAUUCUGGGAGCAAGGUGAUCUUGAACGAACUGUCCUACAGCAACAGCCAAUUGUAAGUGUUUCGUUGUAAUUAUAUUAUCUAUUAUAUUGUUUUGUUUUAAAAACAAAGACUUCCAAGUAUUUCAACUGACUAUAUCUGCUUCAUUCAUUUUUUUAGCCUAUGAUGGACAGGAACAAAGGUGAAGAACUGCCCAAGCUUCAAGUUGGUUUCAUUGAUUUUGUGUGUACUUUUGUAUACAAGGUAAGACGAAUAAUUUGAGUGUCAUAUUAUUCAGUUUUUACAAUGUAUACCUACAUUUUUAGACAUAAGGAAUUAUAAGAGUCAAAUAUGUAUGUUAAAUGGUUACAAUUGUGCAUGUUUUGAACUGUUGAGUCUCCUAAAACAUCUCCUACUGGAUCAGGAUGUCUGAUCCUCCCUACUUUUAAAAGUUUCCUUUCAAUGUAAAUAGCACCAUUCUUAUCGUAUACAUACACUAAGGACAGAAUUAGAUUUUCAUCAGCAAGUGCAUGAUUUCUAAUCACAAAUUUGCCUCUUGGGGCAUUUACAGGGGAAAACCCAACACUUUCCCUCAUUUGACUGGGAAAUCAAGUUUAUAAGCCAGGCUGGGGGAAUUAAACCCCUUCUGCCCAUCAACCGCUUAUUUUUGACAAAUGCUACCUUAUCCUGGCAUUGCGCAUCAGAAACCUUCCUGCUAGCCAACUUAGUUCUGCCCUGAGAUAAAUAUGUUUGUCGCCGCAGCUUGCCAGCUAAUGGCCAUCUUUAGUCUGCACAUGUCAGAAAUGUCUGUUACCACUGUAGAUGCACCAUUUCACCAUGAAAGGUCAGUUUAUGGAUCUGCACUGUUUACUUAGGAAUUCUCGAGGUUCCACAAGGAAAUUACGCCUAUGUUUGAUGGUCUUCAAAACAACCGGGUGGAAUGGAAGUCGCGAGCUGACGUGUAUGAAGAAAAGAUGAAGAAGAUUGAGGAAGAAAAGAAAAGGCAGGAGGAAGAAGCUGCCAAGAAAGGUUAGGCAUAUAAAAAUGUGUUCCUACAUGCAUGCACAUGCUUGUGCAAUUUGGGUAACUUUGGCUGGAUUUGGCAUUCAAGGCUAAAGUCUGCUGAUCAGCACUUAGUGGUAAGUAGGGAUGGAAUGGGCUGGAUUAAGAGAUUCCAUGAGCUGAGCUCUGCAAAUGAAACCUUUGACUCACAGAAGGGGAGAGAGGCAAUUUUCAACGGUUCCCUUUUCUGCUUGCUACCCCUCCUUCCACCCCAUAAAAUGUGUUCCAGAGUGCGUUAGGGGCUCUGGAACACCAUGGAAGGUGGCAGAAGGAAGGUAGACUUGGUUGAAAGUCAUCUCCUCUGCAGCUUUCAUGAGCAGAAGCCAUUAGUGGGACCCUAACCCUUCUGUGAAUAGAAGAAACCUCUGGUUUUGCUGCUGGAACACCAAGUCGUCUGGUGCUUACUCUCACCAUCUUAGCUCAGUACACCUUUUGCUCAGAGUUCGUCUUCCAGGAAGCACAAUCGCAAGUCAAACACCUGUGUUACAUGUGACCCAGUCUCUGAGUGGUAAGAGAUUUCAGGAGUGCCAGGCAAACCUCAGGUUUGAUUUCCUGAGAAUGGAGGUCACUGGAAACUGUGGUGCCACUGCAAAUGCUAGAUGAGCACUCCGUUGUAGAGAGAGUAUACCAGACCAGUCCUGCCAAAUGUAGUGUGCAGGAGGAAGCCAGCAGAGAAAGCCCGCAGUGCAGGGGCAAAGGUAGUACACUCUCCCUCCCACCAUGAGUUCCCCUAAGCGUUUCAGCAGAGAAGAAAGCACCUGCGUGGAGAAGGAGAAGGAAGAGAAUUGUCCAGUGUGUGUGUGUGUGUGUGUGUGUCUUCAAUCUAUUUUAUGCGCUCAGAGGUUGCCUAAGUGCCUCUGCCCUACCAUGUCAUUAGCUGCUGUAUAGGCUGCAAUCUGAUAUCCACUUACCUCAGAGGAAGCCUCAUUGAACUCAGUGGAACUUACUUCUCCGAGCAGAUAUGUACAUGAUUGAGCUGUUAGUGGGGAAAGUGGAAGAGUCACAGUAGCAUUAAUUGCCAGUUUGAAAAUCCUUAGCAAAAUCUCCCUUUACACACUAGAGAAAUCAACUGGUGUUGUUAUCUGUUGAACUAGACAUCUAUUUCUAGCCUAAGUUUAAGAAGUGAGUCUUGGCAGAAGGAAAAGGAAAAUGGCAUGAGCAACUGAAUCGACUUCAUCUUGUGAUGCUUUCAUAACUUUUUAAAAAUGCCUUGUUCCCUAUGAGGAUACAAUACUUUAUUUUCAUGCUGUUCCUUGCACAAACCUGAGUCCAAAACAAAUAGUAUCCUUGCCAAAAACAAUAGAAAAUGUUGUUGUAUCUGUUACUUCAGCUGCAACGAAAAGUUCACAUUCAUGUUUGCCUUCUGGACUCGAUAUUUUCGAAGUUAUUAGCAAGACUCAUAAAAACAGUCAGCCCAAUCCUGCUAAGGAGAUCUGCAUAAAUAAACAGGCUUACCACUUAGAUCUGGAACUAAGAGUAUAGGAUCGGGUGCAAGUGAAAAAGUCUAUUCAUCUGUACUUGACUGCCUUGAAUAAGAUGCAUAUUCCAAAGUGCAUUCCAUUGUGCAUGUACAUAUUUGUACAGUGAUGCCUCGCAAGACGAAAUUAAUUCGUUCCGCGAGUUUUGUCUUGCGAUUUUUUUCAUCUUGCGAAGCACGGUGUCGGGAAAGUUUUGGAAAAGCUUCAAAAAUCACCAAAGUCUUUAAAAACCUCAAAAAAGGCUACCACACCGCGUUCUAUGAGUUGCUCCUCGAAGUCAAGUCGCAACUGUAUUAACGGUGUUAAGAAAAGGAAACAAACUUGCAAGACGUUUCCGUCUUGCGAAGCAAGCCCAUAGCGAAAAUCGUCUUGCGAAGCAGCUCAAAAAACAAAAAACCCUUUCGUCUAGCGAGUUUUUUGUCUUGCGAGGCAUUCGUCUUGCGAGAUACCACUGUAUGCAACAAGGUAUGUGGUAAUACCUUGUAGAUACAUAGCUAGGGCUACAUCAGGGCCAAUAGCUAAGUUGGUUUGUAAGAACAUAGAAAUUGGCACCCUACACAAUUCAUUUUUUCUUUUAAAUGAUGAGAUGCUUUUGCCUUUUCUCUUCCUGUGAAAAAUGUGGAUGUGUUUGGGAAAGUGCUUUGGGUCCUUGGUCCUCUGAUCUGCUAAUUUUAAUUUCAAAAAGAAAAGCCGCCUUUAAAAAGCAUCUUUUAAAAGUGGGUGAAGACAAGGUAAUAUGGAAAGAUUGCUCCUCUAAAAGCUAUGAAAAUAUUAUUUUUGGCAGGAUGUAUUUAAAAUAGUCUUUACAAUAUUCAAGUAUUAUUAUUGGUCAUUACAGUGUUACAGUGAAACAGUAAGCUUACAAAAUCAGUGUCUUUAUAAAAAGAGAUCAAUGGUCUAAAAAUUGUAGAGUAGUAGAAACACUUCAGUUUUGUAUAUAGGCAUGUAAGGACCAUUCAGAUACUUCACUGAUACAACAGUGCAAUCCUGAAACAUUAGGUAGGCUUGCCAUUAGAGUUCAAUAUAUGAUUUGGAUUACACUCAUAUCUUUGGACCACCUGGUUGUGAUGCUGCCUUGAAUGCUUGCCUUUCAAAAUAAAAAGAAAUUUUAUUUGCUGAACCACUACAGUGGAAAGUUCAGAAUAGAAAAUAAACAGGAUGAUAUGAGAUAUUACAAAAAUUAAGAUCAAUAUUUUGAAUAUCAUGCUGUUAAUUAUAGGUAAACAUUCUAGAGGCUAGGCCACUGAUCAUGUGACGUGUUUCAAUGCAGGUGGAAAGGGUCGAAAAUAACCUAAUAGCAUGGUGAUCCACAGCUUUCAAAUGUAAGUUUUCAUUCUAAUGUUGCUAUGUUAAUUUACAUGAACCAGAAAGCAACAAUUUGCUUUACUACAAAAAGAAAAACUCUGAAAAAUUAAAACCUGUGGAAUCAUUUGAAAGACGUUGGAAGCAAUAGAAAAAGUAGUUUUAGGGUUUGAUUUUGAGAUUCAAUAAAAGUUCUUGCGUCCCCCCCAUGUCAUCUGUAUUUAGGAUAAAAAAAGUCCACAUUUUUUCCUCCCAAAGAGUUUGGAAGAUUAUAUCGACCUAUGAUUUAAUUUUCUGUCCGAAGACCUUUCAUCCGCUACAGUUUUGUCAAUGCAGUUAAGUAUACCUAGUUGCUGAAACUUUCCAGGAAGAGUGGUUCAGUGUGUGUUUGUCCUUUGAAAAGUUUUCAUAUUUUGUGCCAUACCUUAGGUGAAUAAUAUUUGGUUAUUAGUCAUCAAGUUGCUAAAUGGUUAUUCAUCAAAUGGCACAAUUGCUGAUAAUGUGUUGAGCUUUAAAAUGGCCAAACACACGUGCUUUUCAUGCCACAAAGUAAACACCUGUAAAAUAUCUAAUGAACACUAUUAAAACACACACACAUCACCUCAAUAACCCUUUGCUUUCUGCUUUUUAUUAGCUGAAGCAGCAGCAGCAGGAGGCGGCGGCGGUGGUGGUGGAGGAGGAGGAGGUGGAGGAGAAGAGGGCAAAUCAAAAACAUGUACAAUUUUAUAACUGACUUCAAUGGCACUAAAAAAACAUCAAGGACAAUAUUUCUGCUACAGUGGAAGAAAUCUAGGAAGAUCUUCAGUGAGCCUGGGGAUUUCUCUGAAACAUAAAGUAGCAUACAGUCCAGUCCUUACUUGUCUGCCAUUUCCAGUGGAAUCAACAGUG